GUCUUGGUGAGACAUCGCUGGGACCCACGGAACCCGGAGCUCGCCUUCUAAUAAUCGACAGUGUCAUCAAGCCUGCGAAGUGUGGUAAUACUGACUACUAUAACCUGGUCUGCUACACAUGACAACGUGCGCCUAAGACCCACCUCUACCCCGGCAUCAUGGCAGACGACAACAUCACCAAGGACCUGUGUCAGUUUGUGGUCGACGCCACCUACGAGCAGCUCACCAGCCGCGAGAUCAACAAGCUCAAGGAUCUCGUGGCCGAUCUCAUCGGCAUAGCAGCCGGCGCAGCUGGUGUCUGCGACUCGAGCGAGCCCUUCCUUAAGGCUGUCGUCGCUCUCGGCGGCCAGUCGGGCAACUCGACUGUCUUCACCAAGGGCAACAAGUUUACUCCGCAGCAUGCCGCCAUGCUGAAUGCCGCUUUCGCUCACUCCUUCGACUUUGACGACACGCACGCCCCUUCCAUCCUACAUCCAGGGGCCACCGCGAUCCCCGCUGCCCUAGCCCAGGCAGAACUGUCCGGAGCAGAUGGCAAGCUGCUGCUACUUGGCAUAGCGGUCGGCUACGAAGUCACGUGUCGCAUCGGCAGGGCGUUGAAUUAUGGCGGCUACACGCGAGGCUUCCACAACACUGCCACUGCUGGCAUCUUUGGUGCCGUCUCUGCGAUUGCCAAGAUCAAGGGCCUUUCUGUCAUUGAAGUCAACAAUGCUUUUGGUCUGGCCCUGUCAAAGGCUGCCGGGUCGAUGCAGUUUCUUGAUAAUGGCUCGUGGAACAAGCGACUACACCCUGGCUUUGCCGUCCACGAUGCCUUUGUCGUCACUGCUCUAGCCGAGGCCGGCGUUUUGGGCGCUACCCAUCCGAUCGAGGGCAAGUACGGCGCCUUACAUUCCUACUCGGCGACUUCGACGGCAAAAGGUCUGACAGACGGGCUGGGCUCCGAAUGGAUCUUCGCCGCAACAGCCAUGAAGCCGUUCCCCGCCUGCCGGAUGACGCACUCGGCCAUCGAGGCUGUCGCGGGACUUGCCAAGGAAUCCACCGGCAAGACGCCUGAGCACAUCAAGGUCGAGCUGUCUCCUGGCUGUUACCCUAUCGUUGGCCCACCAGACAAGAACCGUAUCCAUCCUGUGACCAUUGUCGAUGGGCAAUUUAGCAUGCACUAUCAGGUCGCCAUCUCAUGGAUCUACGGCAUGGAGAUUGGCUGGCGGAUGUACGAAGAGGCGCAGAUGAAGAGCCCCGAGGUGUCGGCGCUGUGUGACAAGGUCGAGGUUGUCAUCAAUCCAAGUGUGCGAGACCUGGAGGCGCGGCUGACCUUUACUUGGGCGGACGGCACGACGACAAACAUCGGCCAGGUCUAUCCUAAGGGCGAAGAUGAACACCCUUUCUCCAAGGAGGACGUGCACAAAAAGUUUCUCAGCAUGGUCGAGCCUGUGUACAGCUCGGAGGUGUCCAAGUCCAUUCUGGACACCAUUGAGAAAAUUGACGACUUGACGACUGCGGAUCUUGUCAAAUUGCUUUGAGGAGGGAAUGUUGAAUCACCUGACUUUUCUUUUCCUUGGGUGGUUAAGCGGGACACAUUUGAGGCCCGAGGGCCACACAACAACUAUAGUAUUGUCAGACUACCACCAAAGAUUGGUUUAGAUCAACGUAAUCCACAAGUAACCCGCCAAUACAAGUGACCCGCCAACUUUGAAGGCACUCGUACGACAAUGUGUAAGAUAAUUCAACCAUAACGCCUUAAAUCAAUUGAAACUAUGAGGAAUCCUCUUCUUCAGAGGUAGAUACAACUUUCUGACACGUACGAGCAUUAUG